UUUCUGGCUGGCGUGGCAUGUUGACCUCCGCCACGUCGGCCAAGAGUCAUGGCACGUAAGAUAACAUUUUCUUCUAGUUUUCCACGUAGGAUAUAUAGCUGGCUGAAGCGAAUACUAGACGCAAUCACGCAACCACAUAGAUCGUCAGUUCAUCCCACCACCUACCACCUACCACCUUCCUGCUCCCACCUUCCUCCGCUCCGAUCUCCAUGGAAGCCACCGCCGCCUGCUCCUCGACCUCCCUCGCGCGGACCCUCGCCUCCUCGCCGCUUCCCCACCACUGCCGCAGCCGUGUGCGCGUGGGCAACUACGUGGUGCCGCUGGACGCCGCGCCGUCGGGGAUCACGCGCCCGCUCGUCGAGAUCCUCAACUUGACAGAUCAAAACCUGACAGAAAUUGACAAUUAUGCCUUCAGUUUCCUCUCUGUAGGAGUAGAUUUGCUGCUGAUAUUUAUCCUACACGAGAAGAAUUGCCAAUUCAGACUUGCACAUGGAUUGUCCUGUGGUUUCUCCUGUUGUGAUGUGUAGAAUUGGUGGCUUGCAUGUGUGAUUUGCUCCUGAUCUUUAUUCAGAGCAGAGUGGUGCUCCUCUGAAUAUUUUGAUGCUCUGAAUUAACAGGUGUGGAAUCCUGCUAGGCGUGGCUGUGCAGCGUCGGGUUCGCCCAGUUCCCCGACGACCGCGAUGUGUGGGUCGCUGAGACGCCGCUUCCCGAGAAGAAGUCUACGACAUUCGUCGCCCGCCGCCCAUCUGUACAUC